AUGUCUGAAAAGGUCGUGUUGCCAAAUGACUUGGACGUGUCCGGUACGAAAUCCCGAAAAUCAAAAUCCCCGAAACCUAUUCAUCACAUACCUAUUCAGCCAUCAAUUAAUUUCAGAAGUUUAUUUCGUACGAAUCCCGACUUUGACAUACUAUCAUUAAUGACUAUUGUAUAUGGAUGGAUGAUCUUGUAA